GGUAUGUCACACGGCAUUGCUCUCAAAUCUUCAUUAACAGCUGUUUCAGAGACAAGUCGGUUUAAAUGGAUCGGGCCUCUUAAAAAUCGUCUUGAAGCUAAACAUCUGGGAGGUCUUGUCAUAGUGCCGUAAUUUAUGUGACAGCUAGGUACUCGCGUAUGAAUGCUGUGCACGGUAACAGCUGCACGACUUUCUGAGGGACGAGCCCGAUCUCUGAAAAGCUCCUCCAGGUCUUUACAGACAUCCAAACUCGGGGACCUCCGAAUGCUCACUGGAGCCUAUUCAAGCCGCUUUCAAGCACUGAUGCAGUAAUGUGAUCUCUGGCAAUCCUGGCAAUGCUCGUCUUCGGCUGCGCCGCAGAAUGUCAUCGGCGCCCUCCCACACCGGCUUCUACAACCAGUACCGGCUGGACGCCGGCAGCCCGGCCGACUUCGGCACCAGUCAGUGGCAGGAGCGCUCCGACAUAUCCUGGAGUUACGUCUUCUUCAGCGUCAGCAGCGCCCUCUUCCUCAACGUCGAGGUGUUAGUGAAGGUGUUGAUGCCGGCAGAGCACGGUGGCUGGUGGGACGGCGCUCACUUCGCCUCCCACUUCAUCAUCUACCUGACCAACUGGACCCAGUGUCUGCUGGCCCACAGCGCGAUGGUGUCGGCCGGCCUGGCACUCGAGCACGUGUACCGGGUCAGGAAAGGUCAGUGGGUCAGGUCAGGUCAAUAGACGUGGCUCCGACGCGACCUUCCACUCUGUUUGAUAGUGAGACACAAAAGGCGCCAAAUUUAUACCAAACACAGCUGCACAUAGAUCCACAAAGUUGAAUAUACACAACAGUCAAUGCAUCCGGUCAACAGUGGUCUGUUCGUGUGGGCUGUCAACAGUGCAGAGCAUACAUCUGUACGUCGCUCGACGUCCAUUGCAUUCUCGUCGAACGUUUUGACCUUUAGUAACAUUACAAUGGAAGCCUUUUAUAGCAGUGAUAGGAAAUACGGCAAAGGCAUGUCGACGCCAUGCCGUGACGUCUUACUUAUAUUUGGGCUGAUCUGUUGGAUUUUCGAUUUUACAGACAUCAAGGAAGUAGUGUCGACGUCUUAUUAAACAGAC